AUGACUGCCAAAGAUUGUCCACCAUUGUUGGGCUUUGGAACAACAAAAACAUUCAAAAUUCCUGUUGAACAUUUGGAUUUCAAGUACAUUGAAAAAUGUUCAGACGUUAAGCAUUUGGAAAAAAUUCUUUGUGUGCUUAGGUCUGGAGAGGAAGGAUAUUAUCCUGAACUUACAGAGUGUUGUGAAAAGCGCCUUCAAGGAUUGGCUCCUCAUAGUAGGGCCUUGAGGAAAGACAAGCCUGUAGCCACAGAAUCCAGCUUUUCAGCGAGGGAAUGGGAGAAAAUUGAUGGCGAUAUAAAGAAUUGGGUAACAGAAAUUAAAAAAGAAGAAAGUAAAAUAUAUUUUCAUGAAACUGAAACAUUUCCAGCAAAGGAAGAAAACCUGCCUCCUAUUCGUGGUUCAAACAGCUGUCUUCAUGUUGGCAAAGGAAAACAUUCUAAAAGUAGAUCAGCUAAAAAGAAAAUUCCAAGGGAUUAUGCAGAGUGGGAUAAAUUUGAUGUGGAAAAGGAAUGUUCAAAAAUUGAUGAAGAUGGCAAAGAAAAAACUCUAAUAGACAACAAGUCACAUUUGUCUAAAAUUGAGACAAGAUUAGAGACGGCAGGUCUGACUGAGAAGGAGAAGGAUUGUCUUGCUACUCGUGAAAAGGAGAAAGGAAAUGAAGCUUUCAAGUCGGGAGAUUACGAAGAGGCAGUGAAAUAUUAUACAAGGAGCAUAUCCGUGCUUCCCACUAUAGCAGCCCAUAAUAAUCGAGCUCAGGCCGAGCUCAAACUACAGAACUGGAACAGUGCUUUUCAGGAUUGUGAAAAGGUCUUGGAGUUAGAGCCUGGAAACGUAAAAGCUCUUCUGCGCCGCGCCACCACAUACAAACACCAAAACAAGCUCCAGGACGCGGUGGGCGAUUUGCGUCAAGUGCUGGAUGUGGAGCCUGAUAACGAGCUGGCCAAAAAAACCCUGUCAGAGGUUGAAAGAGAGCUGAAAAAUGCUGCGCCCGCAUCUAAGACUCAAACGAAGGGGAAAAGGAUGGUUAUUCAGGAAGUAGAAAACUCAGAAGAUGAAAGUGAGAAGGACAGUGAAAGAAAACAUGAAGAUGGCAGCAGAGAUAAGAAGGCCGCCGAGCCCGCGGCCGCCGCGCGCGCCAUGGGCAACCUGCCGCGGAAGAUGAUGGGCAGAGGCGAGGCGGGCCGGCGGCCGGACAAGGGCGCGCCGCGGCGGGGCUGCCCGCGGGCCCCGGCCCCCGCCGCCCGCGCCAACGGGCACCCGGGCGGCAAAGGCAAAGGCAAAGGCGCCCCGGGCCCCGCGGCGGCCAGCGCGUCCCCGGCCCCCGGCGCCCCGCCGCCCGCCCCCGCUGCCCCCGCUGCCCCCGCUGCCCCUGCCGGCCCCGCGGGCCUCAAGGGCCAGGGCAACGAGCUGUUCCGAGCCGGGCAGUUCGCCGAGGCGGCGCUCAAGUACGCGGCGGCGAUCGCGCAGCUGGAGCCCGCAGGAAACGAAAGUGCAGCCGAUCUGAGUGUGCUGUAUUCGAACAGAGCGGCGUGCUACCUCAAGGCAGGGAACUGCAGCGGCUGCAUCGAGGACUGUGACAGGGCUCUGGAACUCCAGCCGUUCUCCGUUAAACCGCUUCUUCGGCGAGCAAUGGCCCAUGAGACGUUAGAGAAGUAUCAGAAAGCUUACGUGGAUUACAAAACCGUGUUGCAGAUAGACUGCGGAAUCCAGAUAGCGAAUGACAGCAUCAACAGAAUAACAAGAAUUUUAAUGCAUCUGGAUGGCCCACGCUGGCGGGAGAAGCUCCCACCCAUACCUUCUGUGCCCGCUUGCGCGCAGCUGCGAGCUUGGCAGCCUACAGCAGAGACGCCCCCAGUCCACGUGGGAGAUUCCUGCAGCCAUCCCCGACCGGGCAGCACAGAUGAAGACAUGUUUAAAACCCUUAAAGAAGAAGGAAAUCAAUAUGUGAAGGACAGAAACUAUAAAGAUGCACUUAGUAAAUACAGCGAGUGCUUACACAUUAACAAUAAGGAAUGUGCCAUUUAUACAAACAGAGCACUCUGUUACCUGAAGCUGUGCCAGUUUGAAGAGGCAAAGCGGGACUGCGAUCAGGCGCUCCGGAUCGAUGACGGGAACGUGAAAGCCUGCUACAGACGGGCUCUUGCUCAUAAAGGACUCAAGGAUUAUCAGAGUAGUUUAGAUGAUCUCAAUAAGGUUCUCCGGCUAGACUCAAGUAUUGCUGAGGCCCAGAUGGAACUGGAAGAGGUGACCAGAUUCCUUAAUGUGAAGGACCAGGCCGCAUCACUCAACAAAGAAAAGGCGAGAAGGAAAAUUGAGAUUCAAGAGGUGAAUGAAGGCCAUGAAGAGCUUGGAAGGACCCCCGAGGAGGUCUGCACAGGCUGCCCUGCCUCUGAGGGGGACAUCAGCCAGGGGCCACCAGAAUGCCAUGAGAAACUGCCCAUCACCAAGCCCAACAAUGCCUAUGAAUUUGGGCAGCUGAUGAACGCUGUCAGUGCCAGGAAAGAUACAGAAGCCUGUGCACGCCUGUUGGCCAUCACGGAGCCGGAAGAUCUGCCCGCUUUGCUGAGUAACAAACUCGAAGGGGAUCUAUUCCUCCUCCUCAUUCAGUCUUUGAAAAAUGAACUCGUUGAUAAGGAUCCCUCAUUGGUAUAUCAGCAUCUUUUCUAUCUGAGUAAAGCAGAAAGGUUUAAGAUGAUGUUGGCCCUAAUUAGCAAGGGCCAAAAGGAGCCAAUUGAACAGCUUUUUGAUGACCUCUCAGGCACACCAAACAAACAUUUUACUUUAGAAGAUGUACAGGCCCUAAAAAGGCAGUAUGAGCUUUAA